UGGAGUGAUAUAUGGUUUUGAGACCCUCAAAAUUCCAGAGUUAAUCUGAAACACAAGAGAGCAAAAAUCGAGAGAGAGAGAGAAGUAUGGAAGGCAUGGGUUGGUGUUGUAGCAGCAGAGGAACACCGUUGAUAUAUUCCUCAGCUAACAGAGCCAAAGCAAGAACAACAGAUCACUCUCAACACUCCACACCAUUUCUCAUCAGAUCAAUGGCUGCCCAGAAGUCUGUUCCUUCAGCCACUAAAACUGUCAGCUCUAAGAAGGGUUCCACAGUUUUCCCUCCUGGUGAGCAGCCCAGGUACAGCUACUCUGCCCCCACAUCACCAGUCAAGCUACUAACAAGGGUGGAGCAGCUGCGACUUCUAACCAAAGCUGAGAAAGCUGGCCUACUGUCAGCAGCAGAGAAGUUCGGGAUUACGUUAUCUAUAAUAGAGAAGCUAGGUCUCCUCUCGAAAGCAGAAGAACUAGGGGUUCUUUCAGCAGCGACUGACCUGGGAACCCCUACAGCACUCUUAAGCCUCAGCCUGGGUUUGCUGAUUUUGGGCCCUUUUUGUGUCUAUUUGGUGCCAGAGGAGUACCCUUGGGAAAUAGCAUUGCAGGUUGUCGUUGCUCUGGUUUGUGUGGUUGGUGGAUCAGCUGCUUUUGCAGCUUCAAAUUUUUUAUCCAACUUGCAGAAUUCAGAUUGAUCUCAACAAACAAAGAUAUGUGUUACACCUAGCAGUUAUGUGGUUUUUGUAUUUUUCAUUCCUUUGUUUAGUAUAACCGCGAGUUAUUCAGUGCUCCCUAUUUUGGUAUAUGGUGGAAAUAAUUGUAACCUUCAAUGGAAGCAUAGUACUUACCUUUUAA